AUGUCCUUGGAACUCCAGGAUGCAAGUCCUAUUGACGCCCAAGACCUUACCGAGGUAUUCCUAGCGGCAUUCUCAGAUCCCUUCAACAGGACCAUGUUCCCACUCACAGCAGAAUUGCGGCUAUGGAUAGCUCAAAACUUCAUGAACAGCGAAGGACGCGCAUCUGAACAUGAGGUCUUUUUGAAAGCGACAAAUGAACAUGGGAAGCCUAUUGCGUUCGCGAAAUGGGUGCGCCCUUACCAUGUGCCUGCAGAUCGGGAUCUGCAGUCUGAUGUGGCCCUCGAGUGGCCAGUGGGUAGUGAUAAGGAUCUUUGUGAUGUGUUCUUUGGAACUAUGGGCCAUCGUCACCAUGAAUUGAUGGGAGACAGGCCUCACUAUUAUCUUGAGAUGUUGGGUGUGCACCCUGCUUUCCAAGGCAAGGGACUUGCUUCCAAAUUAUUGAAGUGGGGACUAGCCAGAGCAGACGAAGAGGGCGUCGAGGUUUAUCUUUCCAGUUCUCCUGAGGGAAAGCCUAUGUAUGAGAGGAACGGAUUUCGACCACACAAGUCAUUCUCACCAUUUCCUGGCUAUGAGCAAACGGAUAUGAUUCGCCCAGCCCAACAAUGA